AUGAUGAUGAUGACGAUGAUGAUUGAAUGGAAUCUCUUUUGCCGACAAACUUGUAGCUUUCGCGCCAAAAAGUGUCAAAGUCAGCACGCGGUGAUGAAAAUAAAUAUAAAUCACCUGUGCAAAUAAUAAAUUAUAAAUUAAUUUAUGUAAAUAAUUAUUGGUUGCGUUGGAGUUUGAGAAUUAGGUUACUUUGUUGUGAUACCAAACUGUGAUUUAAAUAAUAAAUUAACUGUCAAUAUUGUAAAUAAAUAAAUAAAUAUGAGUGAUGACUCGGAUGUUGGAGACCUUCUGGAAGAUCUCCUGGCCAAUGAUGAGGAAGCGCCGAAGAAAGUAAUCAAGGAGUUGGAUUUUAAUUUCCUGGACUCUGUGGAAGAGCAAAGUGACGGCCAGCAGAAAGUUGAGGAGAAAGUUGACAAAGACGUUUCGAAACUUAUUCAUGAUCUGGACUCUUCGGAUGAUGAGGACAAUAAGUAUUUUGAGGAGCGAACUUAUUCGGAAGCGGGUAGAAGUAUAAAAGAGCUUUUGAAAAAACAGCAGGAUGACAAAAAUCAUUUGUCUGGACCAAGAUCCAGUUCAUCGGAUAUGAAUAAAUCAAAUUCCUGGGAUAUUAAAGAAAAAGUUUCCAACAACACAUUUUCUAGAAGUCCGCGCGCUGAUUCAAAGUCUAAAGCUGGGGAUGGAGCCGGUGCUGGUGCUGGAAAUAAAUUAAAAGAAGGGCCGAUCAAGGAAUGGCUGAAGAAACCUUCGGAUAUUUAUACAGACCCGGUGUUUGGUCUGCGGAUUGUGAAGCCUCUGAUAUCAUCGAAUGAGCUGGCAGAGCGCAUGAAAGGUCGCGCUGCUGUCACGGUAUCAAAGGUCAAGAACUUCAUCACCACUCAGGACCUCAACAACGACUGGGUGAUCGCGGGAGUCCUGAUCCAGAGAUCCGCGACCAAGAAGUCCCAGAACGGGAACGCCUACUGCAUCUGGACCAUCAGCGACCUCACGGAAAACGUGAAUAGAGUGACGGUCUUUCUGUUCAAAGGAGCCUACAAGACGUUCUGGAAGGUAACUGAUGGUGUCGUCGUCGGUAUCUUGAACCCCUCGGUCCUGGAGGCACGUAAUGACAAAGACGAAGCAGCUCUGUCGGUUGAUAACGCUCAGAAAAUAAUGAUUCUGGGUAAUUCAAAGGAUCUUGGACGCUGCAAGUCGGUUAAGAAGAAUGGAGACCCUUGCAAUGCCAUUGUCAAUGUCAAUAGAUGCGAGUACUGCGUUUACCACGUCAAGACUGAGUACAAUAAAGCUUCCAGGAGACAAGAUUUGCAGACUGAUCAUAUGAACAGAAAGUUUGGGACUAAUUUUGGAUCGAAAAAUAAUUUGAACGCUGGUAGCAAAGGUUCCGGGAUGUAUUCACAAGCUAAUCAUCACACUAACAUGCUAGUGGUACCAGCAAAACGUAAUCUUAAAAUGGAGCAGAAAGAUUCUGAGCGAUUGGCUUUGCUAACUGGAACUGGUAAGAGUUCAAAUCCUGGUCCAGGUGAUUCAAAACCUGGUGCAGUUGGACCAGGACUAGGGAAUGGACCAGCAGAAACGGUUGAGUCGGCGAGUAAAAUAAAAAACACAGACCGGUUACAGAAAAUACGUGAUUGGAAUCCUAAGACAUCAAACUUAAUAGCCGGUGUCUUGUCACCAUUGAGACCUACGUCAAUUGCUGAAAAAGUAACGACUCCCAAGUGUACUCUGUCACCACUACCACCGAUACCGCGACUUGGUUCCGGUCUUAAAGGAAGCACGAUAGACUUCUCCGAGCCCAUUACCAAGAAACACAUCAACAAGGCCAAGAAAAAUGCCAUCGAGUGGGUGAAGAGCAAUGGGGGCUUCAAGCAGUCGAACCCCAACAAAAUAGCAGCCAGUCGAGAGAAAAAGGUACAGGCCAGCAAGCGAACUCGCGAGGAACCAGAAGAUCCUGAGCCUGCAGCUAAAAAAGCUGCCAAGGAGAGAUUUAAGGAACUGAUGGAAAAGACUUCGGCCCAUGGGGAUCUGAUAGAAAAGUCACAGGAGAACGAGCAGGAAAAAUAUUUCAAUAAACUGGAGGCCAAGGAGAGGAUGGAGGAGAAGAUGAUCAAGACUUUCAAAGUCGACUGCAAAGCUGUCAAGUGUUUGAUCUGCAAGUACACGUCGUUCUCCGCAUCUGAUCUCUGCAAGACUCAGAAGCAUCCGCUGAGAGUAAUCGACGCGGUCAAGAGCUUCUUCAAGUGCGGAGACUGCGGCAACAGGACUGUCAGUCUUGACAGAAUUCCUUCAAUGUCUUGCAAUAAAUGCAGCGGGUCCUCCUGGUUGAGGACCGGGAUGAUGGACGAGAAGAAGGUCGGGUUGGCCAGAGACAAAUUGUCCAUUCGCGGAGGAGAAGAAAAAUUCAUUGGAGGCAACAUUACGGACACGAGUCUCAGUCUUCUUGUUCCUGAUACUGAUUAAUAAUUCUAAUUAAUUAAUUAAUUUUUUAAAACGUUAAAAUAUACUAGGAAAUUAAAUAUAGGACUCAAGGAUUAAUUAAUAAUUAAUUAGCAUUCCUUUCACCUUUAAUUUUUUUUUUAAUUUUUAAAAUGAACUUUUUUUUAAUUGCAUUGUCGGUAAUUGGAAUGUGAUUUAAUCGAUCACCUUGACCCGUUUAGUAUCGUUUAUUAUUAUUUUUUAACAAGACAUAUAUUUUGUAAUGGUAUUCGUUUAAAAAUAUCGAGCAUGUCGGGAUCUGGAUACGUUAUUUUUAUUUUAAUCUCCAAAGUCAACGGCUAUCACUCACACCCGCGAAUCUUCUCGAUGGACGAUUUGAAUUUGGCGCGCAAUGCCGCAAACUAAUUCUUGUUAUUGUUAACAUUUAUGUGUAAAAAAAACGUUAUGAUUUAACACGGACUAACCAUGAUUUUAAAUAACAAUUUUUGUACAUUACUCUAGAUUUAUUAAAUUAAUUUUUUAAUUAAAAUAAUUAAUUUUUAAUUGAGAAGAGGUUUCAGUUUCUUAACCACGCGGUUCUCUUUUUUUAAAUCAAUGAUAUCGUCCAAACUAUUGGAGUUAUGAAAAAAUUUAUGAGGACCUUUUUUGUAGAGAAUUUAAUUUCCUACAAAAUUCCUCUGAUAUAUUUUUAUCAUAUUUUUGAAAAUUAGGCUUAUAUUUUAAUUUUUUGUAAAAUAAUUAAACGAACUUGAGAAAUAAAAAUUUUAAAUACUUAAAAUUUAAUUACUGACUUAAUUAUUAAUUUUACGAUAAAAUUUAU